AUGGCCAAUCUCUCCUCCCCUGCGGAGUUUCCCCCACUCUCUUCUAAGAGUGUGGCUCCUGCAGUUGCUAAUCCACUUAGUUACAACAAUAUCGUUGCUUCUCCUUAUCCUGGAAACACUUUUAAGCUCUCUUAUGCGGUUUUGGAGAAUGAUCCAUCAGAUUUCAAUGAAGUUUAUGUAAAAGCUACUUCGGAUGAAUGGGGUCUUGAGUUAAUAGGUUACUCCAUCAAAAGACGACCAUAUUACGAAUCCCUGCUCUCAGUUAUUCCUAAGGUUUGGAAACUCAAAGGUAUGAUGAAAGUGCUCUCCUUAAGUGAUGGGUUUUUCAUGUUGAAAUUCACGGUGAACAAAGAUUAUGAUAUGGCUUUAGCGGGAGGGGUGUGGUUUUUCCUUGGCAAACCUUUCGUUCUUCAAAAAUGGGUUCCUAAUUUCAAACUAGCUAGAGAGGAGUUUUCUUCUAUUCUUAUCUGGUUUAAAAUCCUUGACUUACCUCUUCCUUGCUGGACUCCGGAUGGGAUUUCUCGAAUUGCUAGUAAGAUAGGUACCCCGUUAGCAGUGAAUGACCUUACAGCUGAUAAAACUAAGCUCAUGUAUGCCCAAGUCUGUGUUCAAGUUUCCAAGGAAUGUGCUUAUCCUGAAUCUAUACCCAUUUCCAUUUUAGGUGAGCCUUUCUCCCUCAAAAUUCAAUACGAAUGGAAACCUACCCAAUGUGAACACUGUGGCUCUAUUGUGCACAUGCCAGAUUUCUGUCCUGCAAAGCUGCAAACUUCUAAUAUUAUUGUCCAGCCGCCACCGCGUGGUAGAAGCACAAGUCGGAAGCCCCCCCGGGCGACUAGCAAGAAUUCCAAAUACCAACCAGUUCAACAAAAUGCUCAUUCUUCUGAGAAGUUGCCCUCUUCUUCCAAUGUCGCCGCAUCUCAGAAGCCCAUUGAUCACCCAGUUUCUUUAACGCAUACCAUCCUCCCAAACUCACAGCUCAGUAAUCCCUCUCCGCCUGUGGUGGACAUUCAAAUUUUGGAUAUCAACACAGAGAAUUCCUUCACUACCAUUCCUAACCUCAAUUCUCCAACUAAGGAAUCUGCCACUUCUAGCAUUAUAAUCACCCAACAACAAGAUAAGGUAAUUUCUCCAAACAAAUUUGCUAUUCUUCAAGAAAGUAAUAGUGAGAUAGUGCAACCUCCCCCUACUUCUUCAUCUCAGGACAAGACUAGAAACAACACUAAUACACAACCAAAGGCUUCUAGGAGUAAGCAAUCUAAAAAAACUCCUAACCAAUCAUCAAAAUCUCAAUGA